AUGCGAUCGUUUAUCUUUUAUCGGAUCGUCAAGUCGAAAACUCGAUCAAACUUGCGUAGUUACGCAACAGCAAAGCAAAUAUCGCCAUCGGUAUUCUCCGUUUUUGAUCGCAAUACAAAAAGAUUACAAAGAGAUCGUUCCGCCGUAGAAGUAGAAAGUAGCAGACAAGUUGAUUAUCUUAAAGACGAGAUUGCGUUUAGGAUUGUUGAUAGAUUGCUGGACAUUAAAAGAAAGUUUGGAACCGUUGUUGAUUUAGGAAGUGGCUGUGGUCAUGUGGUUAAGCAUGUUGACGAAGACCUGAUAAAAAAAUUGAUUAUGUGUGAUAUGUCAGAAAAAAUGUUGGAAAGGGAUAAGGACGUGAAGUAUGAUGUCGAUGUCGAGAGAAUGGUCGUUGAUGAAGAAUCGUUACCGUUUAAAGAAAAUUCUCUAGAAGCCGUUUUGAGUAAUCUUUCGCUGCAUUGGGUGAAUGACUUACCAGGUGCAAUGAUUCAAAUACGUCGAUCGUUAAAACCUGACGGAGUAUUUAUUGCUUCAAUGUUUGGUGGCGACACGUUAUUUGAAUUGAGAACGUCACUGCAACUAGCAGAAACAGAACGAGAAGGCGGUAUCUCCCCACGAGUGUCUCCCAUGACAGACGUAAGGGAUGUUGGGAGCUUACUUUCUCGGGCUGGUUUUACUUUGACCACGGUAGACAUUGAUGAUCUUAUCGUAAACUAUCCAACAAUGUUUGAACUAAUUCAGGAUUUACGUUCUAUGGGUGAAAGUAACGCAGUGAUAACAAGACGAUCAUUCUUAAAGAGAGACACAUUAAUAGCUGCUGCAUCCAUAUAUAAAGAAUUAUACGGGAAGCCAGAUGGAUCAAUUCCGGCGACUUUCCAGAUAAUUUACAUGAUUGGAUGGAAGCCUGAUGAAUCACAACCAAAACCAAAAGAAAGGGGCUCGGCGAAAUCAUCAUUAAAAGAAAUUUUAGAGGCAAAUGAUGGAGAUAAAUGA